ACGAGGUGAGACAGACCAAUAAGAACGUCCCAAUGACGUUUUUUAGCAAAAGUUUCUCAAUUUACAUGAAAUAAAACAUAAUUCAGAAAGUCCUUUUCCCUUUCUCUCCCCCGUUUUUUUUUAUAUACCUUUUUAAAUAAUUAAAAAAAACAUAUAUCAUUAUGGGUAUACAAGGUGAAGAUGAAGCUACUGUUCUGUCGUCCUCUCAGUCAUUACUGAGUCAUAGACACAAAGGGUACCAAACAUUAGAUCCCUCGUACGAAUGGAAUGUCGAAAUCGAUGUAAAAGGACAAGUCGAUACGGGAGACUCUGUUGAUGAUAAAUUUUCAAUUCAUAAAUUAAUGCAAUAUACCGGCCCUGGUUGGCUAAUGGCCAUUGCCUAUUUGGAUCCUGGUAACCUGGAGUCUGAUCUGCAAUCAGGUGCGGUUGCAGGCUGUAAACUUUUAUGGUUACUAUUCUGGUCUCAUGCAGCAGGUUUGGCAAUGCAAAUUCUUUCGGCUCGAUUGGGUGUAGUAACACAAAAUCAUCUGGCUCAACUCAUCCGAAAAAAUUACAGUCGAUCUUCCUCCACCGCCAUUUGGUUAUUCACACAAAUGGCUAUUAUCGGCUCGGAUAUUCAAGAGAUCAUAGGUACUGCUAUUGCAAUUAAAAUUAUUUUUGGAACAAGGUUAUGGGUGGGAGUGUUGAUAACAGCAUCCGACACAUUUUUAUUCAUGUGGCUACAACAAUAUGGCGUACGAAAAAUUGAGAUUUUUUUCAUGACAUUAAUCGGUAUCAUGAUUGCUUGCUUUUGGAUCGAAAUGUUUGUUUCAAAACCAAAUAUUGAAAUGAUCUUGAAAGGUAUCCUGGUACCUCAGAUACCAAAGGAAGUUACGGUACAAGCAGUGGGAAUGGUGGGUGCUGUAAUUAUGCCACACAACAUGUUUCUGCAUAGUGCCCUGGUCAUGUCCCGCAAUAUAGGAACUGUGCCAACCGACAAGAAAAAGAAGGAGGCAAAUUAUUAUUUUGCAAUCGAGUCUGCAUUAGCUCUGUUUAUAUCCUAUUUGAUCAAUCUAGCCAUCGUUGUUGUAUUUGCUCAGGUCUUUUACAAACCGGGACAAGCGCUGAUGGAAUUACCAGGAUUAUAUGAUGCAUCGGAAGUGCUAUCGAAAACCUUGGGAAAGAACGCCAAAUAUUUUUGGGCUUUAGGAUUAUUGGCAGCCGGACAAUCAUCAACCAUGACUGGAACAAUGGCAGGACAAUAUGUUGUUGAGGGCUUUUUAGGAGCUAUAUUUAAAAAACAAUGGCAUCGUAUCGCAUUAACUCGGUCCAUUGCCUUAAUUCCGAGUAUGCUUGUAGCCGUUUUGGCUGUGGAUCAUUUUGAUACGAUGGGUGAAUUUUUAAACGUCUUACAAAGUCUUUGCCUUCCCACCGCUAUUAUACCUAUUUUAAAGCUAACAGCGUCUAGUCAAAUCAUGACUCAUACGUUCAAGAAUUCGAGAAUAACCAACUAUGUGUGUUGGAUGAUUUCUUUUAUAGUCAUUGGAUUCAAUGUGUACCUAUUCUUUAACUACCUUCAAGAACUACAUUGGCCACUGUAUGCUGUUCUAUUCAGUAUAAUUUAUUUCUCAUUUGUGCUUUAUUUGAUAUGGAUCCCUCUUGAGGUUUCAGAAACAAAAGAAUCUAGAUUGGAUUCUGAGGAAGAGUCAAGCUUAUAGAUAAGGCGUAUCAUGUUCAUCCCCAAACUUUUCCUUUCUUUUUUUCUUUUACUAUUUAUUCCUGCAUUCUAAUUUCAUCCUAUAUUUAUAUAUUGAAGUCUUUCUUUUUAUUUCAAAAAAAAUAAUUAGAAAAAUAAAACAACACUUUUUUUAAUGAUA